CGGAGGAGGCUGCGGUUGCGCACGCGGCCCUCGGACCGUCCCAAGAAGGAGUUUGGAGGACGUGGCUUUGGCCGCGACCGAGGGGAGGAGCCUCCGCCGGGCCCACAGAGGAGGAAACGGAGGCUCGCAGAGGUUAAGUGACUGGUUUACAGUCUGUGAAAAUGGGGAUGUAGAAAAACAGAAAUUUGGUUGACCUUGUUCAUCUAAUGGAACAUCUAAUGGACAUUGACUAGAAAAUCAUCUGGUACAGAAGAGCAUGGAGGUUGCAGAGAGGGCACAUCUUACAGCCUCCUGAAGAGCUAGCCCUUCUGGGGCACAUGACUCAUGGGCAAGAGUUAAAUCCAGUCCGUGUUUGGAUGAGAAGGGCCUGUGUUCACAACCAAUGGCCAGCACCAGAGUAGCAGGGUGGCAGAAGGUGCUGUAUGAGCGUCAGCCUUUCCCUGAUAACUACGUGGACCAGAGGUUCCUGGAAGAGCUCCGCAAAAACAUCUCUGCCCGGAAAUACCAGUACUGGUCUGUGGUCUUUGAGUCUGGGGUGGUGAUACAGCAGCUGUGCAGUGUCUGUGUCUUUGUGGUCAUCUGGUGGUAUAUGGAUGAGGGUCUGCUAGCACCACAGUGGCUCUUUGGAACUGGGUUGGCUUCCUCCCUGAUUGGCUAUGUCUUGUUUGACCUCAUUGAUGGAGGGGCAGGGCGGAAGAAGAGUGGGCGCACCCGGUGGGCUGACCUGAAGAGUGCCCUGGUCUUUAUCACGUUCACCUAUGGUUUUUCCCCGGUGUUGAAGACACUGACGGAAUCUGUCAGCACUGAUACUAUCUAUGCCAUGUCAGUUUUCAUGCUUUUGGGUCACCUUAUCUUCUUUGACUAUGGUGCCAAUGCUGCUAUUGUGUCUAGCACCCUCUCCCUGAACAUGGCCAUCUUUGCCUCCGUCUGCCUGGCCUCCCGCCUACCUCGAUCCCUUCAUGCCUUCAUCAUGGUGACAUUUGCCAUCCAGAUCUUUGCCCUGUGGCCGAUGCUACAGAAGAAGCUGAAGGCCUGUACCCCGCGCAGCUAUGUGGGGGUCACGCUGCUAUUUGCUUUCUCUGCCCUGGCUGGUCUGUUAACCAUUAGUGGUGUGGGGGCCAUACUCUUUGCCCUGCUGCUAGUCUCCAUCUCUUGCCUCUGUCCUUACUAUCUCAUCCGCUUGCAGCUUUUCAAAGAAAAUAUUCACGGACCUUGGGAUGAAGCUGAAAUCAAGGAAGACCUGUCUAGGUUCCUCACCUAGCUUGGAGAGUGCAGGGAGCUCCUACAUUCUGAUAUUAAAGGCUGAAAGACCAGACUUCCCUCCAAAAAGCAGCAAUGAGGGGAAGAAGGUCUCUUGUGAAAGCAUCAGCUUGGGAGGUGUCUGAGAGAACAGCAGUGGGAAAAGAAUGAAGUAAUGAGGGUUGGUGAUGAGUCAUAUCUCCCUGUCCUGCAGAAGGGACUGCGUCCUUCAGAGGUCUGGCAAUGAUACUGACACUGUAUUUGAGAUUUAUUGUGGCCAAUGGCACGAUCUAGUCUUGUAUUAAAAACUGAAGCUAAA